AUGCCUACAGACGAGAAUUUUGCUGCUAGAGGUUUCUGUGGCCCUUCAAUAUGCUCGCUUUGCAGUACUGCUUUAGAUUCUACUAAACAUAUUUCCUUUGAGUGCAACUUUGUCAUUCCAAUUUGGAACUGGCUGCUGGAUAAAUUGCAAUUUGCAGGCACCAUAAACAAGAUAAUGGAUUGCUUUGAGCUUAUGUUGGUUCCUAGAUCCCCACAGGAUAUGGCAAUUGUCCUCUCCAUUGUUUACAGCUUCUUCUACCAAGUUUGGAGAGCCAGAAAUUCGAACAGAUUUGAUGGCAAAAUAAUACAUUGGAAGUCUUGUAUCACUCAUAUUAUGGCUCGAGCCAAGUGGGUAGGUGACAAUACGAGAAACACUUCGAACAACUCUAUCUCAAGCUUUUCAAUUUUGAAAGGGAUGCAUAUUAACAUAAAUCCUAGAAGACUCUCUUCAUUCUUGGAGAUUCUUUGGUGUCUUUCCCCAAUAGGAUGGGUUAAAGCUAAUAUUGACGGUGUUGCUCGAGGUGAUCCGGUCCUUAUGGCUUGUGGUGGAAUUUUCCGUGAUAAUAACGCUACUCAUUUGGGAAGUUUUUGUGACUAUACGGGAGAAGGGAACUCUGAAUUGGUUGAGCUUUGGACAGCUAUGCUUGCUGUUCAAAAAGCAGUUAACAUGGGAUGGAGGAAGCUUUGGAUCGAAACGGACUGUAUGCUUGUGGUGAAAGCUUUCUCUGAUCCGGCUCUUGUUCCUUGGAGAAUCAGAUCUCGUUGGCUCAGUUGUCAUGCUUACUCUCAAAGGAUGGAAUUCAUGGUCUCGCAUAUUUAUAGGGAAGCCAAUUUUUGUGCUGAUUAUCUAUCGAAUAUUGGACAUACUUGCGGAUUUUUUGUUGGUAAGGUUCUCUACUACAUUUUUCUCACAAUCCCAUCUGAUCAAUACAUGCAAACAAAGCUAUCUAACAUGGAAAAAUUAAUGAAACCCCUUGUAGUAAUUCUUUUUUUGUUUUUGAGUGUGCACGAUGUGUCUUUGGCAAGAACAAAGAAGAGUGAGAAUAAGAUGAAUUACAUUGUUCAUGUUUCCAAAUCCACAAUUCCAACAAGCUUCAACCACCCUUCAAUCUGGUACAAAUCAAUUCUGAAGUCGGUAUCCCAGUCAGCAGAAGUACUAUAUAGCUAUGAUAAGGCAAUAAAUGGAUUCUCGACAAGUUUGAGUGAUGAAGAACUUGAGUUACUAAAAAGGCAAUAUGGGAUUCUAAAGGUGACACCAGAUAAAAAGUACAAACUUCACACAACCCGAACACCGAAGUUUCUUGGGCUUGAUAAAAUUGCUAAUUUGUUCCCCACGACAAACAAAAGUAAUGAUGUAAUUGUGGGAGUAAUAGACUCAGGUGUAUGGCCUGAAAGCAAAAGUUUUGAUGAUACUGGAUUCGGGCCUAUCCCGCACAAAUGGAAAGGAAAAUGUGAAACAGGUACCAAUUUUACAACAUCUAACUGUAAUAAGAAAUUGAUUGGUGCUAGGUUUUUUGCAAAGGGUUUCGAGGCAAGUUGGGGUCCAAUUAAUGAAACCAUUUUGUAUAGAUCACCUCGAGAUGAUCUAGGCCAUGGAACUCACACUGCGAGCACAGCUAUAGGAUCUACGGUGGAAAACACAAGUUUUUUUGGCUAUGCCAAAGGGACUGCAAGUGGGAUGGCAAUUGGUGCUAGAGUUGCUGUCUAUAAGGUUUGUUGGAAAACUUCCUGCAUGGAUUCUGAUAUAUUGGCAGGAAUAGAUCAAGCCAUUGCUGACAACGUCAAUAUUCUUUCUUUGUCGCUUGGAGGUUCAAAAAAUGAUUACUUUAAGGAUGGCAUCACAAUUGGAGCCUUUGCAGCAAUGGAACAUGGCAUUCUAGUCUCAUGUUCAGCAGGAAAUUCUGGCCCUACUCCUUUCAAGGUAGAUAAUGUAGCACCAUGGAUUACCACUGUGGGAGCUGGAACACUCGAUCGAGAUUUCCCUGCAUACGUCAGUUUGGGAAAUGGAAAAAAUUAUUCAGGUGUGACCCUUUAUAAAGGUAACGGUUUGCCCGAUACUCUUGUGCCAAUCAUAUAUGCAGGGAACGCAAGCAAGGGUGAAGUAAGAAGUGCUGAGUUAUGUUACUCACAUAGCUUGGCUCCGGAAAAAGUAGCAGGAAAGAUUGUGUUGUGUGAUCGUGGAGAUCUCGCUCCGAUAUUCCAAGGAGAUACUGUAAAAUCUGCGGGUGGUUUGGGCAUGGUGUUAGCCAACAGUAAGAGAGAUGGAGAAUCACCACUAGCAUAUGCCCAUAUUUUUCCAGCAACUUCAGUUAGCUUCACAUAUGGCAAAGCUAUAAAAAAUUACUUGUUUUCUGAUCAAAACUCGACAGCUACAAUUGUGUUUCGGGGAACAAAGCUAAAGGUUAAGCCAUCUCCUAUGGUUGCAGAUUUCAGCUCACGAGGCCCCAAUUCGAUAACCCCUCAGAUAUUGAAACCUGAUAUUAUUGCUCCUGGUGUUAACAUUAUAGCAGCUUAUUCAAAAAGUGUGAGUCCUACAUUUUGGGCUUUCGAUCCUAGGCGUGUAGAUUUCAAUAUUUUAUCAGGCACAUCCAUGGCAUGUCCACACGUAAGUGGACUAGCAGCUCUAAUUAAGUCCAUUCAUCCAGAUUGGAGCCCAGCCGUCAUUCGAUCCGCGUUGAUGACAACCGCUUAUACAACUUACAAAAACAAUCAAACAUUAUUAGACAGUGCAACAAACAAGCCUUCAACUCCAUUUGAGUUUGGUGCUGGACAUGUUAACCCUAUUUCCGCCCUAAAUCCCGGACUCGUCUACGAUUUAACAACAGAUGACUACUUGAGCUUCCUCUGUGCAUUGAACUACUCAUCUGUUAAUAUUGAAAUUGUAGCAAGGAGAAAGUACACAUGCGAUCUGAAGAAACAAUACAGUGUAACAAACCUUAAUUACCCUUCCUUUGUUGUGGUGUUUAAGAGUGAGCAUGAUAAGAUUAAGCACACUCGGACUCUUACUAAUGUGGGUGCAGCAAGAACUUACAAGGUAUCAGUUAAGUCAAAUGUUGCAUCUAUCAAGAUCUUAGUUGAACCAAAAGUGUUAAGUUUUAAGAAAAAUGAGAAAAAAUCAUACGUAGUUACAUUUACUACAUCAACUUUGAAACAAAAUAUUACUCAUAGUUUUGGAAGCUUGGAAUGGUUUGAUGGAAAAACUCUUGUUAGAAGUCCUAUAGCGUUUAGUUGGAAAUUACAUUGAA